CACAUCACUAUCUCUUCCAUCGCUAGUUCAUCUUUGUUUUCAUCGCGUUCGGUUCUUGGCAGCGGACAAUUUUUUGCUGCUCGCGAGGCCAGCUGAAAUUAAUUAAAAUGCAAUAAAAUGUGUUCCGAGCCAUUUGAAUAAUCACGCAGCAACAACAAUGCGCGGCGCGACAGAUUAUUAAUCAGAUUCCGGUUAUCUGCGAAUUGCAGCAGCCCGAGUUUGCUGGGCAAAAGCAAAACGCGUGUGGAAAUUUCGAUUUUUGUAUUGUUUGUUGCCAUGCAAAAGACACUUGUGCAAAAUGGGCAUUAGCAGACACUAACGAUUAUUACUAAACAAAGGCGCAGUGAUUGGGGCAAGAAAUAUAAAUAAAAUAUUUGUUUAUUUGAGCGUGCGGCGGUUUGCCAAAUUAAUCGCUCUCUUUCUGGCAUUUCCACUCUCUUCUUUACGCGCCUUUCAUUCAGCCACGCGUGUGUGUGCGGUUGUGUGUUUGUGUGUAUGAGCGAGUGACGUAAACAAAUGCACAAAAGCGAAUGAGUGCAAGAAUUUGAAAAAUGCGAUUGUUGAUUCACGUGCCAAAGAAAAGUAACAACAAACGGGAGCAGCAGGCAGAGCACAACUCAGGCAGCAACAAAUUGAUAUAACGUUAUUGUUUUCGGCCCUCUGUUUUGUGCACCGCAUUCGCUGCAUUUGCCCUAGCUCAGCUGUGCAAUUUCGCCUUGGUAUUGGUGAGCGCAACACGUUUGUGUUCGAGUGGGAGAGGUAAAAACAGACAGAGAGAGCGAGCUAACGUAAACUCCUCUGCCAACGUCGCUGCUGCAGUCGACGUCGGCAGCGUGCGUCAUUGAUGCGACAGUUGGUUACAAAUUAAAGCUGUCGAUUCCAGGAGCUUUUUAGGAACAUAUAAGAGGACGACCCACUGGAACUGCAGUCAAUGUCUGAUAGUGAGUGGAGUGUCUGGAACUGGGUCUCUUCCGUCCUUAUAUGACCGAUAAUGGCCGUCUACCCUGUCCGAAACCACAAUUGCAACAACAGUGCGCCACAAUGGCCAAGCAACAUGAGUAUUUGAAAAUUUGGAAACAUAUCAAGUGGCGAAAUGAAAAGUAAACAAAGCGAACUGAAUAUUAUAAAAACAAGAGAUUUAUGCGAAAGAACAUAUAACAUAUACAUAUUUAUAUAGUAAACUGGACUGGACAACUGGAGAAUAAACAUUCAAUAUUCAUGCAACAGAAUCGAAGUGCCAUAGUGAAUCGCGAGUGUUUGCCAUUCGUUCGCUCUGUUUAGUCAAUAUAGGUAUCAUACCACAUAUCGCCAAUUAUACAGAUAUAAUAUAUAGAGAGUACCACCGAGGCAGAGCAACGACAAUAUGACAAUAUCGGGCGGCAAUCAACAUAAUAACAAUGCAAAUCGCAAACUCAUUAAGCAGCCGCAGAUGCAAUUUGGUAGCUCCGUGACCGGCACCCAAACGGAAGUGGAUUCCUGCCGAGAUGCGGACGCGGAUGCGAAUGCUGUUGGCCAGGACUUUAGCAAUUUCAAUAAGCAUUUCGGCAAUGGUCAUGCCAUCACGGAUCGCACAAUGCUGCUGCCUUUGGAGGACGAUGUCACCACCGCCGCCGGCAUUGUCACGUACAAGGGUAAAUCGAAUGGAAAUGCAAGUGGAAAUGGAAAUGGGAACGGGAGCAUCGGGAGUAUCAGUCUGGAUUUCAACGGCAGUCCUACCUCAUCAACGUCAAUUGGCAUCGCCAGCGGUAGCAGUAGCAACUGCCACCUGGCCAGUGGUGGCGGUGGAAUCGGCGGCUCCGAGCCACCCGGUUGGAUGUGCCAUUGUUGUAAUUUAAUUGCACGUCGCUGCUUCGGCAUCAACGUUCGACGAUGUGUCCUGGCGCUCCUGGCCAUUACGGUGGUUAGCAUUUUCUACUACACGCAUUAUGUCGAUACGGGCGUGUUUAAUGGGCUUAUCCAACGCGACACUCAUCCCGCUCCCAUCAUCAACUGCCGCAUGAUCAACUCUGGUGGCAAACACAUCCGGAAUGCCUCCCCAGCGCCCGACCAUCGUUCCGAGGCUCGAUUGCGGAUCGAUCCCAAGGUCCUCGUUUUUGUGGAGACCACAUAUUCCGGUCUGGGCAGGGACAUCGCCGAGCUGCUUGUCUACAAUCGGAUCAAGUACAAAAUCGAAGUGGCGGGUAAGAGUUUACCAGUUCUCACCAAUCUCGACAAAGGUCGUUAUGGCGUGAUUGUGUUCGAGAACCUGGAUAAAUACCUCAAUAUGGACAAGUGGAAUCGAGAGCUGCUGGACAAAUACUGCCGGGAGUACUCCGUGGGAAUUGUGGGCUUCGUGAGUCCCAGUGAGGAGACUCUAGUGGGUGCUCAACUUCGGGACUUUCCGCUGUUUGUCAACACGAACCUGAGGUUAAGAGACGCCAGCUUGAAUCCCUCGUCAUCAGUGCUUCGAUUAACACGAGCUGGUGAAACGGCUUGGGGAGCGCUGCCCGGAGAUGAUUGGGCUGUUUUCCAGCAUAAUCACAGUACCUAUGAGCCAGUGGAGUGGGCUCAGAGAAACACUCAGGAGUAUCCAGCGGACAGUGUGGGUCAGGUGCAACUUCCUCUGACGACUGUCCUUCAGGAUCGCGGACAGUUGGAUGGCAUACAACGAGUGCUCUUCGGCAGCAGUUUGCGUUUUUGGCUUCAUCGUUUGGUCUUCCUGGAUGCUCUCAGCUAUCUAAGUCAUGGUCAACUAAGUCUGAAUCUGGAGCGAAUGAUUCUAGUCGAUAUAGAUGAUAUAUUCGUGGGCGAAAAGGGCACAAGACUGCGACCAGAUGAUGUGAGAGCCCUAAUAGCAACCCAGAAAAAUAUAGCAGCCAUGGUUCCAGGCUUCCGGUUUAAUCUGGGAUUCUCGGGUAAAUACUAUCAUCAUGGCACGAGAGAAGAAAAUCUGGGAGAUGACUUCUUGCUGCAGAACGUUCAAGAGUUCAACUGGUUCUCGCACAUGUGGAAACACCAGCAGCCCCAUUUGUAUGAUAACCUAACCCUCCUGAUGGCAGAAAUGCACUUAAACUACGCCUUCGCCGUGGAUCACAACAUACCCACGGAUUCGGGCUACUCCAUAUCACCGCACCAUUCGGGCGUUUACCCCGCCCAUGAGUUGCUAUAUUUGGCUUGGAAAAAGGUGUGGAACGUGAAGGUUACGUCCACGGAAGAGUAUCCUCAUUUGCGACCAGCUCGACUGAGAAGAGGAUUCAUUCAUCGCAACAUAAUGGUCUUGCCCAGGCAAACUUGUGGUCUAUUCACCCACACCAUGUACAUUGAUCGCUACCCGGGGGGUAGAGAUAAGCUGGAUGAAUCCAUACAGGGUGGAGAACUCUUCCAGACCAUUGUGUAUAAUCCCAUCAACAUCUUUAUGACGCACAUGUCCAACUAUGGAUCGGAUCGUCUGGCUCUGUACACAUUCCAAUCGGUGAUCAAGUUCCUGCAGUGCUGGACCAACCUCAAGUUGGCCUCAGCUCCGCCAGUUCAGCUGGCCGAGAUGUACUUCCGACUGCAUCCCGAGGAGGUGGAUCCCGUGUGGGGAAAUCCCUGUGACGAUGUGCGCCACAAGAAGAUCUGGUCAAAGACCAAGAACUGCGAUUCGCUGCCCAAGUUCCUGGUGAUUGGACCACAGAAAACGGGCACAACUGCAUUGUACACAUUCCUAUCCAUGCACGGCAGUAUUGCGAGCAAUAUCGCCAGUCCGGAAACCUUCGAGGAGGUUCAGUUCUUCAACGGGAACAACUACUACCGUGGGCUGGACUGGUACAUGGACUUCUUCCCAUCCGAAUCGCUGCCCAAUACCAGCUCCCCGAUGCCCACGCAGUUGGGCUCGCCACGCUUUAUGUUCGAGAAGAGUGCCACCUAUUUUGAUGGCGAGGCUGUGCCCAAACGAACUCAUGCCCUGCUUCCACAUGCAAAAAUCGUCACGAUCCUGAUAUCACCGGCGAAGAGGGCCUACUCCUGGUACCAGCAUCAGCGUUCCCACGGCGAUGUUAUAGCCAACAACUAUAGUUUCUAUCAGGUCAUAACGGCAAGUGACUCGGCACCGAGGGCCCUGAAGGAUCUGCGGAACCGGUGCCUAAAUCCGGGCAAGUACGCCCAGCACUUGGAGCACUGGCUGGCCUACUAUCCCGCCCAGCAGCUGCACAUCAUCGAUGGCGAACAGUUGCGCCUGAAUCCCAUCGAUGUGAUGAACGAGCUGCAGCGCUUCCUGAAAAUCCAGCCGCUGCUCGAUUAUUCAAAUCACCUGCGAUACGACGUGAAGAAGGGCUUCUACUGCCAGGCCGUCAGCGAGAAGCGCAAUAAAUGCCUCGGAAAGUCCAAGGGACGCCAGUAUCCGGCGAUGGAUGAGCGCAGUGCCAAGCUGUUGCAGCGAUACUAUCUCAAUCACAAUACGGCGCUGGUGAAGCUGCUCAAAAAGCUGGGCUCGCGGCCAAUACCGCAAUGGCUCAAAGACGACCUGUCCACGGGAACGUGAUAGCAGCUGUUUGCUGGAGGAGGAGCGGCAGGAGGAGGUGGUGUCAGUGGCAUAGGAGGUACUAAGUAUCGCAAAUUGCGGGCAAAACUCAGGAAACAGUUGCAUUGGCUGCAUGUGGCAGCCGAAAAUGCGGAGAGCGCUCAGCGACAACGGCGUCACAACUGACAGGAUGAAAAUUUGACGGAAAUUCGAUGGAAAACCUAUCACACUCGUUUCCAGUUUUCACUUUUGGCAAGCUGCAGCAAAUAGGAAUUUAAUAUUAAUUGGUUUUUUAUGUUUCCAAGUUCUUUUAAGUUUAAAGUUAAAGAAGGAGUUCAAGGCGAUCCUGUUUUCUAUUUGGAAUGUAUUCCAUAUCCUCAGUGUAGCUUUUGCAAACUCUUGCCGAAUGUGAAAAACAGAAAAGGGUUGGCUUAAAAAUGCAGCUGCCGUAGAAAAAAGAUAAAUUAAGAUGGAAAAAAUAACAUAAUUAGUCGCCUUUAACAUGCAUAAAUCUUUUUUGUUUUGCUGUUGCUAUUGCAGCUAAUUAAUGUCACUGCAGUUGUCAGCUAAAGUUGUACAGUGUGUGAGUGUGUAUCUGUGUGAAUUUAUCUACGGACAUUGUGUAAAUAGGCAUGAGUGUGUGUGUAUGCUUGCGCAUUAUAAAUUACCAUAAAUAAUAUCAUGAGGCAUCAUGAAUAAAUGCAUAAAUGCGCUUUGUUAGUUGUUUAAUGUUUAUUAGUUGGCAAUGGCGAAUUAAGCACCUAAUUAAGUUUACGCGUAAUCCAGCACUUUCAUUAUUACUAUUACCUCAGACACCGAUACAGCUCUCCGCAUCCUAAAGACUCGAUCAAAUAACUUUUGACAGAUCCAAAAUACAUAAUGUAUGUACUACUAUUCACACGGCAGCCGCAGAAACUUCUGUGUACACUAAGCAUUUCAAAUCCAUGCCACAACUGUGACUUCGUUCCAGCAGUAAAAACCAUAUAUAUAUAAUUAAUUUC